AUGAAUCACGCAGCUGGGAGCCGAGUGCAGAGACGCAAACCGAGGUCUGCAAGCUCUUCCUCUGUUCGGGCUCCGGGAGUCGUUGCCGGAGGGUCCCAGGUUCCUACGAGGUGCAGCUGCUCCGUGCCCUGCUCGCCUAGCCCUGCCGCCACGAGCCCCCAGGUCCCCACCACCGUCCGGUCGCCGGCAUCUCCGGCAGGCCCCCCACUCACCGGCUCCACGCUGCUCUUCACUCACGCCUCUAAGGCUCCAGGAGUAACUCAGGCCGGAAGUUGCAGGCGCCGGGAGGCGGGGCCUACAGGCCUGCGACCUCUGACCCGCGCGCGUCUUGAACGCCACCGGAAGUCACGUCACGCCCUUCAUCGUGCAAUCCCGCGCUCUGCGGAGAAGGACGCUGGAGCCAAGGGCAUGAGGAACAGGUGUCUGUGUCAGAUUUGCACCUGCGGACGGCAUCGUUGUCCACACGGAACCACAAGGGUUUAUGAACAUUCUGGCAUAUAUUGUCCCACAACGGAGUAUUCAGAAAAUUAUCCAAAAUAUGGCGAUGUUCUUCCUCCUCAGAGUCUUAAACCCAAGCAAGAAUUUCAAGGACACCGUGAUAAAAUGGAAGGAGUAACUACAUUUAAGUCAGAUUAUCGUCCUUAUGAAGUAGUCAAACAGACUCGCCACAUACCAGAGGAAUAUAAACCCAAACAGGGGAAAAUUGAUCUUGGUACUACCUACAAACAAGAUUUUAAUCCUUUCGAAGUGCAGCCUGUGGUAAAAGUCCGGCCUGUGGAAAGACAACAAGUUAAAAAAGGAAAGUUGGACACUGUCCCAACUUAUAAAGAUGAUUAUAGAUCUUGGGAUAUUCAGAAAUGUGAACUGUGUAAACCAGAGCAAGUUUAUCAGACCCCAGAUGUGAAAUUCGGAAAUUCAACUACAUUUCAGGAUGACUAUGUUCCCCGGGAGAUAAAGCCUACGCAAAGCUUUAAGCCUUGCUCUGCGAUCAAGUGUUCUGUAGGCCCCUUUAAUGGUGAGACAAGUCAUCGUCGAGAUUUUGUGCCUUACCAGCUAGAAGUCAAGUUUGCAAGGCCAAAAGAAGUUUAUAAGCCUGCUGACCAGCCUUUUGAGGAUCUCACCACUCACCGGAAUGACUUUCAGGGUUUUGGUUUUGCUGGAGAAACUGCAAAAAUCUGCAGACCUGCCUACACAAGAGUAACCCAAAACACUCCAUUUAAAGGAAGCACUGAAUUCCGUGACAGUUUCAAACCAUGGGAAAUUCCACCACCCAAAGUCAAGAAAGUAACAGAGUAUGUGCCCCCUCCAGGAAGCAUGCAGUUAAACAGCACCAGCCAUCUUGACUAUGUUCCCUAUCAGGCCAGUCGUGUUGUUGCCAUCAGGCCCAUUUCUCAAAGAACAAAAAGCAAUUUUCCUUUCCAAGGAAAAAGCACCAUGAAAGAAGAUUUUCCAGCGUGGGAAAGUUGUCGUCAGGGACUUAUUAAGCAGCAGCAACAGAUUCCCAACCCAUCUGGAAAAUUUGAUGGCUUGAGCACUUUCAGAUCUCACUUUGUGCCACAUGCAUUGAUUCCAACAGAGAGCUGCAAACCUUUAAAUGCUGCCGUUAAGAGUUCGGUUCCAUUUGAUGAUGUUACCAUGUAUUCUAUACAGUACACACCGAAGAAACCAGAAAUCUGCCCAGCUAGCUAUCCUUCUCCUCCAGAUUAUAUAUUUGAAAAUACAGAUUCCCAAGGACAUAAAUUCUUUCGCAAGAUCAUUCCUGAAAUGAAGGCCUUUUAGCAAUCAAAUAAUUUUAUAAGAAAGCUAAUGAGAGCUCAGUUUUUAAAGAGAAAACCCAAAUUUUAUAGUGAAAAAUUAAUAGAGUUAUAACAUAUCAUUUUUAGCUUUUUAAACAAGUUGGGACAUAUAGAUCAGAAUUCCCAAAUCCAUUUCAUACUAAUUGGUUUAGCCAAGAAUGCUCUUUGUUGUUCUUGUUUUUUGUUUUUUGAACUAGGGACUCCCUAGUCCCUCCAGGCCAGCCUGGAACCUGCAGUCUACUGGUGUCAGUCUCCUGAUCCAAGAUGGUUCUUUAAUAGACAUCACUGAAGGCUAAAGGAUGUGCGUGCUUAUCUACACAUGCUGGUGCAGAGCUUGUCCUUGGUCUGCUAUCAUUCAUACUUCUUUUUAUAGUUACACAAUUAUACAGCUCCUCUCUGUCAUUUACCAAAUACAUUGGGACUGCUUAGAACAAAAUGCAAGGUGAGAUAUGGAUUAGUCUUCCAAAAAGUCCAGGAUUUACUCAUUCGUUCAUUCAUUCACUCACUUCAUCGUAUUUACAGUGCCUAGAGCAAGUCAAGCUUGGUUGGUGCUGUCAGAGACUGCUCCUCUGCUCCUCCUUGCCCUGUUCAACAUAGUAAGAGGCAUUGUGAUUUGAAAAGGAAAGGUCCUCUGGGCUGGGAAUCAGAGGACUGACCAGAAUUCAAGUGCUAAUAUAAUCAGUUUCUAUUUGUGCCACUGUAAGCAAGCUGCUCUGUGAUUUAUGUGUAAAAGAAUACUGGUUCUGUCUACCUCACAAAAGUUUGUUGGAAGCAUCAAAUCAUAUGUAAGGGGUGAUUAACUAGCUCUCAGCCACUUUUUGUACUUACUUUUUUCCUUUUAAAAUGAGGAUAGUUACAGACUUAAUAUUCAUUACCUGCUCUACAGCAAAAAUUAUAAAGUAACUUUUGAGUUUAUGAGUAAUAUGUAUUUGUGAGAGGCAUCUGAAUACUAUAGAGUCACAAGCACCCUAUAAGUUAUGGUAGAGAAUAGAGAAUUGAGAUGAAAUACUUUGGUGUGAAUGGCUGUAUUUUCAAAAGGAAAAAUAUCUGCUAGAGCAAUUUUAGGGAAGACUUUCGGCUCUGACAAAAUCUGCAGGAUAAAUUUAGGUACCUAUGCAUUCAGUGGCCACACCCAGAGUCACUGUUCACUAGUCAGAGCCAUAACUAUCUUGUUCAACACUGAAAGUGUAAGAAUAAAUGCUAAGAAGAAAGGGGAAGAGAUACCAAUGAGGGAUGUAGAAAUAGCAUACUACACUUACAAAUGUUGAAAGUUUCUAGAGAUCAAGUGAUUAUUUUAAUAAAUGAUCAUAUAUGGGAAAACAAGAUUGACUUUAAAAUGAAUUUUAAUGUUUUUGUAGUUGUUUAA